AUGUCGUUCACGUCGCUCUGCGCGAGCCGUUCGCUGACGCCCGACGCCGUCCACGUGCACUCGAAGCUCCGCCGCAACUCACUCGUCAGCGACGUCGAAGACAUUGCGCUACUGCGGGAGAAACUCACGCGGAUCGCUGUUGGACGGCUUCGCGGCGCUCUCGUGCGCAGAGCUGAGGCUAUCGCCAACGAAGCAGACGAAGCAGACGGAGCAGAGGAAGCAGACGGAGCAGAGGAAGAGACGGCGCGGAUGUGUGGAAGCGGAUGUGCGACGCAUUCGCUGCUGCUGCCGGAGCGGUCGAGCACACCGCCGUCGUCUCCGCAGCCGCGCGACGUGCUGAAGAAGCAGCUGAAGCUCAAGCAGCACGUGGCUGACAGGCGGACGGUGUGUAGCAGCAAUGGGGCGCAACAAGACGACGGAGGAGAUGAGGCUCUGGUGGGUGUGGACGACGGGGAGGUCAGGUCGAUGGACGACAGUGCAGAAGAUGACGCAGUCACUUCUCCAUCUUGGAGCAGCGACAAGACGAACGCUCGAGCUCGACUGUCGACACCGGCCCAUGUACGCAUUCUCUCGCCGUUCAAUGUGUUUCACAAGCACCCUGAAGGAGUGAGGAAGCGCAAAUGCGUUGACGCUCCCCACGAUGCUCUGGCCGACGACUCACGGGUGAGUCUGAAGAAAACGUCGAGUCAGAUUAACAUCUUGGUGACGUCGACAGGUACAUUGUCACGCAGUAGCAGUACCGGUCAAGGGUUCUUGCAGACGUUUGCAGCUAGGCAAAGACUCGAGCAGGACCACGACAUGGAAGACACGGGGUGUACAACGCAGCCGCAGUCACCGCAGAACGCACACUUUGGCAGCAAGCACGGUCAAUUGUCAGCAUGCUCUUGA